GUGUCUCCUCCCCCCUCCCCGCCCGGGAAUGUAACCUGCGGACCGCGCGGGCUUCCAGGCACUUCCCGAGAUGAACCUGCAGGGGCUGAGCCGGGAGCUGUCCUUGUAUCUGGAGCGCCACGUCCCGGAGGGGCUGUUGGCUCCCGGCGUAGGCUGGUCCCUGGUGCUGUGUUUUGGGGUCGCUUACGCCUGGUACUACCUCAGCAGUAUCGCCAAGAAACCUGAGCUGGUGACUGGCAGUAAGAACUUCUACUGGUUUCUACAGGAAUAUUGCCCAGUAGUGACAGAAACCUACUAUCCCACUGUGUGGUGCUGGGAGGGCCGUGUACAGACUCUCCUGCGUCCAUUAAUCACAUCUCAACCAUAUGUGCAAUACAGGAAUGAGCUCAUUAAAGCAACAGAUGGAGGACAGAUUUCCCUGGAUUGGUUUGAUAACAAUGACAGCAUAUGUUACCCAGAUUCCAGCACGCGACCCACUAUCAUCCUGCUGCCUGGCCUCACGGGAUCAAGCAGGGAAUCCUACAUUCUCCAUAUGAUUCAGCAAAGCAAAGACUUGGGCUACAGGUGUGUGGUUUUUAACUAUCGAGGAGUUGCUGGUGAAAACCUCUUGACACCAAGGACAUAUUGUGCUUCUAAUACAGAAGACCUGGAAGCUGUUAUUCAUCAUAUACACAGUUUGUACUCCUCAGCUCCAUUUAUGGCGGCAGGUGUUUCUAUGGGAGGUAUGCUUCUUGUAAACUAUUUGGGCAGAACUGGCACAGAAACACCACUGAAGGCAGCAGCAGUAUUUUCAGCAGGAUGGAAUGUAUUUGAUUGUGUAGACUCACUGGAAAAACCUGUGAACUGGCUUCUCUUUAAUUAUUAUUUAACUAGCUGUCUGCAAUCUUCAGUUAUUAGACAUCGUGAAAUGUUUGAAAAGCUAUUUAAUAUGAACCUUGUCAUGAAGGCUAAGACCAUCAGGGAAUUUGAUAAACAAUUCACUUCUGUCAUGUUUGGCUAUCCUACAAUUGAUGAUUACUAUACAGAUGCUAGUCCAUUUCGUAGAUUGAAGACAGUUGGAAUUCCAGUGUUGUGCUUAAAUUCUAUGGAUGAUGUUUUCUCACCAAAUCAUGCCAUACCUGUGGAAAUGGCAAAACAAAAUCCAAAUGUGGCUUUCGUCCUUACUUCCUGUGGAGGCCAUAUUGGUUUUCUGGAAGGAUUGUGGCCAAGAAAAUGCACAUACAUGGACAGAGUCUUCAAGCAGUUUGUUCAAGCUGUGUUUGAGCACGGAAGCAAAAUCCUUAAUAUGUAGCAACUUAGGAGGACCAUGAUUGCAGCACAGUAGCAUUUUAUGAUCAGGGUAUUUAAACUCACUGCACAUGGUUCAGCAAAUAAGUCUGCAAAAUGGAUAAAAUCCAUGAUUAUGAGCAAAAAUAUAAUUUUGCUUAGGGACUUUGCAAUAAUCUUAUUUUUGUAUGUUUGCUUUAAUAUGCCUUAUAUGUAUAACAUUAAAUGAAAAUAGCACUUUGCACACAUAAAAUUGCACUUACCCCAAAACCAUUAAGUAAACAGAUACUUUCUCAGGUUUUUCAUAUUUAGGAAUUUGUUCUGAUGACUGUUCAUGUGCACUUAACAUUCAGAAAGACAUAUCGUAACUCACAAAUGGGUUUAUUUUCAAGGAAAAUGAGAAAAUGCAAUAGAAGCUUUGAAAAGUAAUAUAAAAUAGUGGUUUAAAGCCAUUUUUAACUUUACUCAUGGACUGCAAUAGGAUUGCUGAUUGCACUUAUUAUACCCUAUCGGAAUAAUUACAGUAUAGUUAAUUUUUGUCAAAGCCAUAUAUGUCUUAAUUUUUAACAUUCUUGCUUGUCAUGUAGUGUUUAUAUUUCUACCAGCUGUUCUAUGUUGAAAAACAGAAGGGAAAUAAACUACAUUUUGAAACCA